AUGCUCUUACAACUUAAACACAGUUACUUUCCGAUGGGAGAAUGUCUCAUGUUCGGACUGGAUCUGGAGUCCCGAUAUCUGUCGAAUCUGCCAGCUGAAGAAGAUGUGGUCAAUUUGCUGAUUGGAACUCACAAUAUCAAGAUGGAUAAUCAAAUAUGUCACCUGUCGUUGGACGGCGAGUACUCACGUAUUUCGUCGUUGUCUUAUCAUCACGCAGCUGGAGAGGUGCGUGGUUUGGCUGCGUCACCCUCCAGGGCCGACAUCGUCGCUUCAGCUGCAGCCAGUUUUCAUGGAUCUCCAGCCACGUUUGGGAUACAUUUGUGGCAAAUGGACAGUAGCAAAGGAGCAUUGAAGGAACUGGCAUCAAUUCCUAUAGAUGAUUGUCCUUCAAGCUAUGAAUGGGAUCAGCAAAGUGGACUUUCUUCCUCACUUUUUCAGUCGUUCUUUCAAAUUUAUCAAUCAGAGGAAGGUUUGAAGGUAGGUGACUUACUGAUAAUUUUGUAG